UCUUGUGUUAACAUUUAUCUCCUUAUCUUGAUGGAAGCGUUCGAAGAGCUGAUAGCAACCUCAAAGGAGCAAUCACUGAUCCUCAAAGGGAAGCGGUCAAAGCGACAACGUCCACAAUCACCUGUUCCUUUCUCUAUCUCUCCUCCUAUAGUUUCUUGCCCCGCACGCGACGUUAUAGAGGAAUACAUUUAUCUUGAUUCCAAAGAAAACGCCUUAGGCAAUAAUGUGGAGAACCACAAGAAGGAUGGUGUGAUCACGUCUUCAUCUCCGUCAGCCUCUUGGUCUUUUAAUAACAACCCAACAACAUUGAAAGUCGAAGAAGACGAGAAACACCUAGAUAUAGCCAGUUGUUUGAUCCUCCUUUUCCAAGGCCACUCUCUUCCACAUCUCAAGAUACCUAAUCACGAAACAAACAACAAUAACACGUAUAAAUUUAGCUGCAGGAGGUUCCUAGAGACUUCUUCAUCUAACAGUGGUGGUAAAACUGACAGCUACGUUUAUCAGUGCAAAACAUGUGACUGGACCUUCUCUUCUUUUCAGGCUUUAGGUGGCCAUAGAGAUAGCCACAAGAAACAUAAGGCAACCUCUUUUUAUUCCAACCUUGAACACAUUUUUGUGUAUGAUGACAUGUAUCUUCAGACAGGGGCGGACCCACUUGAAGAGGUGUGGGGUCACGUGACACCACAAAAACAAUGA